AUGUAUUUAACACCUAGCUUUUUAUUAGCACUCGGCUGCUGGUUAACUGCAUCCAUAGUACAUUGCGUUGCAUCCCCUUCAUACACCGAUAGCCCUGUUUCGAAUGUUCCACUGUACACGGAUGGUAUUUACUUUGAAGAACUAAAACCGAUUAAAAUUCAAGUGAGCACGUGGACUCUACGGACUGAUUAUGAUAUUAAAUUGUUCAUCGACGAAAUUGCUACGGCGAAUAGCACCGUAGCACACCUGCUGAAGGUUUGCGCUGAGAUGAAAGAAAAGGAUAUCGGCAACUGUGAGGGAAUUCACAACAUUCUCGGACUGACGAAGGAAUUGAACGACUUCAGUCUUUUAUUGGGUAGCUUUUGCGAAGACAAUAGCGAUAUAGUUAGGCGCACAAAGCGUGGCAUAUUCCGAUCCUGGUUUGGCUUGAUGGACGACGCCGAUAGGGAUGAAAUACGCGACAAGUUCGAUAAGGUAAACCAACAGCUCACGGUGGAAUCAUCUUCGCUCAAAAUGUUCUAUAACACCACCAACGAGGCGUUGGCAGUGCUAACGGGCAACACGUUUCAUGUGGAUCCGAAUAAGCCGCACGCGAUCGAUUUCACGCGUGAAGGACAACUCCUGCUAAUGGACAUUGUACUGAACAAGAUUAUUGCCAAGAAGAAUCUGCUCAUGCGGUUGCUGCAAACCAGCACAUCGAUAGAGCUAAAAGAUAGUAUAAUUUCUCCGACACAGUUACUUGCCGAACUUCAAAAAGUACAAAAGAUCCUCCCAGACGAGUUCAUGUUUCCAGUAGAUUUGAAGCUGCGAGACGUGCUAAAGCUUUAUCCCUUGUCGAAGGUGGUCGCCAACGUCGACAAUUGCAAGGUAAUCGUUAAUAUCCUGAUUCCAUUGAGCAAUCGUUUGCAGUACCGCACGCUUAAAGGAACAAGCGUCCCAAUGCUGACCGAUGGUAUCAUGAAGAUGAUCGUUCUGGAAAAGGAUAUUAUGGCAAUCAAUACUACGUCCCACACCGGGCUAGUGAUGACGUACGGCGAGUACAAGCAGUGCGUGCACUUGAACGAUUUUUCCCUGUGCGACGCGCAUCAUCUGAUGCGAAAUCUUACCACCACCGACGAUUGCAUCGUGGUAACCUACGCCGCCGACACUAACCGAGACUCAGAUUGUCGCUUAACACGUGUCCAGAUGCGUAAUCAGUUCUGGAUCCAACUAGCAGAUCCGAACGUUUGGAUUUACGUCGUACCGAAUUUUACCGACGCUACCAUACAGUACGGUGGCAACCGGCGCAAAUUAUUAACCUUGCACGGAGUCGGAAUGUUGAAGCUGCUCCGCAUGUGUCACGUGCAAUCAAUGGAUGUGCUUUUGCAGUAUGUGCCGCAGCUGGGUGGGACUAUGAUAAGUGGUACGACAAAUGGGUUCAGCUUACCGGUAACGAUCACACGAGAACAAUCACUCGUAAUCUCGGGCAGCACGAACGAAAACAGUCGUGUAAUACCGGUCGGUAAAUCACCCGAAGCCAAGAUAGGAGAAUCGUCCAUUGUCGCGGGUAUUCAUCAUGAACCAAGCCGAUUUUCUCCUUGGGCUAUUGUAGGGAUAGUUUUUGGUAUAUUUAUUUGCGGUCUUGCUGUGCUGCACGUUUUUCUCAAGCAGUUUUCAAUUAAACGACGAUCUCCAAACGAUACCGCCGUGUUGGACACAUCACGGCAGCAAUGUAUCCCAUCUAACAGCUCCCAACUUACAUCGAUGGAUUCAUACGUGCAAACUUAACAUAAGACCAAACCAAAGUUGUGGUAAGAUAACCAGACCAAAGUUGUGGUAAGAUAAUUGCCUACGCACACCUUAUACUGCGAAACUAAUUCAAUGAUAAUUUGAAAAUGCAUCAAACAUGUUAAAAUACGCAUGAAUAGUCCAGAAAAAUUUAUACAGUAGAGGGAUAUCUUUGUACAAAGAAAAAUGAGCGUUGCUAGGAUCAAAGAAUUGAAAAGAUGUGAUUGUUACCAGGUCGCACUAGGUUACCAGGUUGUUACGAAAUCGCUUGUCAAUAGCAUAACAGAUAUUAGCGAAUGAUGCCAAUUAGUUCUUUGCAUAGCUUAAAAUCGUUGCCAUUUGAUGCAAGAUGGAUUACUUUGAUAUAAGUAUACAUAAGUGUGUUAGAAAAUAUAAGCGAUAUAAAGCGUGAUCAAAAAU